GUGUGCAAGAGCUAAUUGACUGGCGGAAGAGUGGAUGCGAUCAGUCAGUGCACGAAAGUGCUUAGGAAAAGUAGUCGUUUUUUGCUCGCUUUCAAUAAGUCUCGCAAUUAAUUGUAUUUUGCUAAGUAAAUUAGCUUAUUAUAGUCUUUUUGUUGUAAAUAAAUUUAAAUAAGUAAAUUAGAUUGGUAAGCGCAAUAUGCCUGGGAGUAAGCAUAUUAUACCACACACCGUAAAUCCCGAUCUGGAGCAGGAACGUCAUGGCGCUAGCUUUCGUGUGGAUGAAUUUGCCCGCUGGUGGCAUGGCGGUGCGGCGAAGUUACGCUUCAAGAGAGAGUUGGAGCAAGAAAUGUUCAAUGACAUGACCGAGCACAACACACUGCUACACUACAAAUCCCAUGAGGAAAUCAGCGAGAUAGCCUUGAGACAGUCCUUGGAGGUGGCGAAAAAGUUGCGCGCUAUGCAACAGCGCAUCAACCCAGGCGGCAAUGAUAUUUGGCCCAAACUCUACUCGGCCGCUGCAGUUUGGGGGGCCAUGCCUGGUGGUAACCCGUUUGGCGUACACUUCGUCAUGAUGGUCGAGGCGAUCAAGACGCAGGGCACCGAUGAGCAGUGGGAACGUUUUGGCAAACGUGCAGAGAAUUUCGAAAUUUGCGGUACUUAUGCGCAAACCGAGCUGGGCCAUGGCAGUUUUCUGCGCGGGCUGGAGACACGCGCCGAUUACGAUCGUGCCACAGGCGAAUUUGUGCUGAAUACGCCGAAGCUGAGCGCAUACAAAUGGUGGCCGGGGGGUUUGGGCCACUGCAGUAACUAUUGCCUGCUUGUCGCACAACUGUACAUCGACGAUGAGCCGAAGGGUUUGCAAAUGUUCUUCGUGCAAUUGCGUGACGAGGAAACACAUAUGCCUCUGCCUGGCAUCGACAUCGGUGAGAUUGGACACAAGAGGGGUUUCUAUGGUGUGAGUAAUGGCUUCUUGGGUUUGAAGAAUGUGCGUAUACCACGCACGAAUAUGCUGAUGCGCAACGCCAAAGUGCAGCCGGACGGCACAUUUGUCAAGAGUCCCGCCUCAGUGCUGACCUACUUCACCAUGGUCAUGAUGCGUUGCGUUGUGACACGAGAUAAUGCAACACUGCUCGCCAUGGCGGCGACAAUUGCGACACGCUACUCCGCGGUGCGUCGCCAAAGCCCCAUCAAUCCCAACGAACGCGAACCACAAAUUAUGGAUCAUGUGACGCAACAGUUGAAGCUCUUUCCCGAAAUCGCGAAUGCCAUUGCUUAUCAGCUAUCCGCCAACAAGCUGUGGUCCUUGUAUCAUGAAACCUACGUUGAUAUCGAACGUGGCGAUUUCACGCGUCUGCCGGAGCUACAUAAUUUAUCCUGUGUGAUGAAGGCGCUCUGCACGGCCGACUGUAAUGUGGGCGCUGAACGUUUGAGAUUAGCCUGUGGCGGUCACGGUUAUCUGACCUCGGCCAAUAUGCAUUUGAUCGUUUCUUCUGCGGCAGCCGCUUGUUCCUAUGAGGGUGAGAAUACGGUGUUGUUAUUGCAAGUAGGACGUUUCCUCAUGAAGUCAUGGCGAGCAGCCACCGAAGGUAAACCUCUAACACCAACCGCAAGCUACUUACGUGGGCCAGCGCGUGGUGAAACAUUCGGCAAAUGGACUGGUGAAUGGGCGAAUAUCGUUGCGGCGAUAGAGUAUGCGGCUGCGAAUAAAGUGCGUCUGGCUUUUGAAAGCAUGUCGCAACGCCUGGCGCAGGGUCAGACAGAUGCUGAGGCGGCUAAUGGUACGGGCAUUGAGUUGACUCAAGCCGCAGAGCUUCAUGGUCGCUCGUUCGUCGCGGCUACAUUUUUAGCUUACGCUACUGGACCCACCGCAUCAGAGCGUUCUGCUGCUCUCAACAGAGUUUUGGAAAGACUCUUGGAACUUUAUUUAGUGCACACUGCACUGCGGCAUUUAAGUGAUAUCCUGCAGUGUAUCAGCUUGAGUGAUGCCGAACUGCGUUCGCUGCAAACGCGUCUCGAGAGUGUUUUGAAGAAAAUACGUCCCGACGCAGUGGCAAUUGUGGAUGGUUUUGACUUUCAUGAUCGCUGCUUGAGCUCGGCUCUGGGCUCAUAUGAUGGUAAUGUUUACGAGCGUCUCUUCGAUUUGGCUAAACAAAGUCCUUUGAAUCAGGAGCCCGUACCGAAGUCAUUCCAUAAAGUGUUGAAGCCAUUCCUUAAGUCUAAUUUGUAAAAUGAGUUUUUGGGUGAAAUAGUUUAAAAUGUGUCUUGGCUUCAUAAAAAAUCUAAAAACUUAACUUCAAAGAUUUAUUGUUUCAUU